CGGUGACAGAUUGUGAGUCUGACAAAGUAGUUAGAGCAACAAAGCGGAAAGUGCGGGGAUCGGCCAAACCUGACAGCUGGGAGGUGUGCUAGACAAUGCUCGAUUAGUUUGUAAUACCUACUUAACUGUGUUUACAAGUGGCAGGCUGGGGAAGAUAGAUCGCGUCCAAAAAUUAAAAUAUACGCAAUGGAUGGCUCCCGAAGAUGACACAGAGCGCAGAGCGAAGGUAGUUUAGAAGUAAAGUAUUUUCCAACACACAGGAAGGAAAGGAAAAAAGGGCUGGAUAUAUAGACCGGGGCCACAAAGCACCCUCCCAGUCUGAAUCAGCCAAAAAGAACAGCUGCAGGCUUCUUAUCCACAGCAGGCCAGCGAAAUAGCCAAAAAAAAGGCAGAAGCACGAAACGGAGGACGAUAAGAAGAGUUAAGUUGGAUGCGCGUUUAAAAAAAGUGCCUGAGUGAUUUGACUACGAGUGUUGCAUUAUAAACAAAACUUGACGUGCUUUUUUUUGGGGGGGGGUGGGUGGGUCUGUCACUAGCAACUAUUUUAAUCGUUAAAUAUUGACUAUUUUAAACAAAAGCAAUAAUCUUUUGGCACCCAUGGCAGCCGAAGCACUUGAAAGUCAGGCAGUGGUAGGUGAUAUUGGAUUGACUAAAAACAUUUCGGAAUCAGAUUCAGACACACCCAGGCUAGUCGUUUCUCAGACAGUGGAACCGAUGCCACCAGCAGCAACACUGACUCCAGAUCAAGUCUCUGAAUCGCCACUGCACAGGAUGUCACCUGCAUCAGUAAGUGCUGAUGGUGCAGCUUUAGCGACUCCAACCAAAACAGCAGGUCCGCUACAGGAAGCUGCGGUCGUUAGGACCUCAACACCGGGUAGAAGUUAUGAGCCGCUCUCCUCAGAACAGAAUGGAAGCCUGCUCGAGAGGCAGGAGUCGGUUGCCACCACAGAGGCCAGGCUGAGGAUGGAGGGUGUGGAGCUGAAAGAAGAAUGGCAGGAUGAAGAUUUCCCAAGGCCACUUCCAGAAGAGGAGGACAUCCACAUGGAUGGGGAGCUUUUCACAGCCUGUGGGAGAGAAAGUCAUCCUGUUCCACAGUCUUUUGAGGCGAACGGCGAUAAGAAAGCCAGGAAGAAGCUAGUGGCCCCAAAUAUCAGUCUGACGCUGAAUCGCAGCGAUGGGUCCCUGCUGUCAGAUGAGCUGGAGGAGAGCGGGGAGUUGGAGCUGGAUGAUAUGGACACCCCCUCUGACAACAGCAAUGAGUUUGAAUGGGAAGAUGAUCUUCCAAAGCCCAAGAUGACUGAGGUUCUCCGAAAGGGCGUGGACUCGAUCCAGGAGUACUCCUCCACGGGCAAGAGGGAGGAGGGGUGGCGCUGGCGAGUGUUCAGGAUCGGAGAUCAGGACCACAGAGUGGACAUGAAGACGAUCGAGCCCUACAAGAGGGUGAUCAGUCACGGAGGUUACUAUGGAGAUGGCUUGAAUGCCAUCAUCGUGUUUGCUGUGUGUUUCAUGCCAGAGGGUAAUCUGCCCAAUUACAGAUAUAUUAUGGACAAUCUUUUUAAGUAUGUAAUUGGUACUCUAGAACUGCUGGUUGCUGAGAACUAUAUGAUAGUGUAUUUAAAUGGUGCUACAACACGUCGAAAGAUGCCAAGUUUGGGCUGGCUCCGGAAAUGCUAUCAGCAGAUCGACAGGAGGUUACGGAAAAACCUGAAAUCCUUAAUAAUUGUUCACCCUUCCUGGUUUAUCAGGACACUUCUGGCUGUCACACGGCCGUUCAUAAGCACAAAAUUUAGCCAAAAAAUCAAGUAUGUCUUCACCUUAACAGAGCUAGCUGAGCUAGUCCCUAUGGAGUAUGUUUCUAUACCAGAGUGCAUCAAACAUCAACAGCAAGCCUACCUGAAGUAGACAAAAUGAUGCGGAUCGUCCACGUUAUGUAACAAAACAUCUUCAUCGCAUUUCUGCCGAUUUUAAUUGGAUUUAAACGUUUACAUAAAUACUGCCUUGUUUUGUAGCCAUUUUGGCAUUGCAGGUCUUGCAUAUGUAGAACACUCAAGGCAGCCCUCUUACAGCAAUACAAGAAGAAAGGGUGGAGGUCUCAGGACUGAUGCUAACAAAACAACUAAUAAAGCCUGAUUCACACUUUAAUACAACCUGAAUGCAUUUUCAUUUUCAUAGAAAUGAUGUUGCAUUUUAAUGAAACGUUCCAUUUCAUAUGCUGUAGAACACUCCCUUGCAUUGUGAUAAAGCAAAUUACUGAAAAGUUGACUGUUAGUAAUGCCAGUAUGCUCUGUGAUGUCAUUUCAAGAGUACAUUUUUGGCACAGAGCAGGUGCCUUUUUAGAGCACUUGAAUAAAUAUAAUUUGUACAGAAGGACGACUUCUUCAAAUUGUAUUCUUGCAGGAGUACUGCAUGGGAACAGAGCUUUGCUUGAAUAGUGUUGGAAACAUUUCAUGAUCUGAAUUAGGAACAAAAAACAAAGUCUGAAUGCAUCCUCCACUGAUGGAGAAAUACUACAGAGAAGCUCUUUAUGUUCUCCUUUCCAGUAAUUAUCCUGUGGUUUAUGAGUUCGUCCUAACAGGUCAGCAUGACGCAAUGUUUAGACGUGUCCUAAAAUCCCACUGGUUGCCAGUGCUGACAACAAACAACAGUAGAAAUCGUUUGCAUCGGGAAGAUAAUGGAUGUUUUUUGCAUUGUUUUAAAAAAAUAGGUUUGAACGCUGAAGUCCCAGAGUGGAAAAUGAGCAUCUUUUUUGCUUGGUAAUAAAGUCAGUGGCUGUUUUGUGUUUGUGGAGGACAGGGUUCACACUGGUUAUUUGGUGACCGUGGACUAUUGGUUGUUGUGUUCUUGUGUGGUGCACUAUGGUGGUUGUAAAAGUCACAUGUUGUAGCAUUUUUUUUUUCUUUAAGACCUCUUUAAAGGUAAUGCAUGUAUACCAACAACUGUUGGUUAUGAAAGUUAUGAUUCCAGUAACCAGGAAAUAAUAGGCUGAUUACUGUACAUAGGACAAAAUGAAAACAGUUGCUUGUCCUAUAUAUUUCUUUCAUGAAUUGUGGUUCCUUCAUCACAAAAUAAGUUACGCAGUCAACUGUACAGUUUCUUUUAGUUUCAUCCUAUGUACUGUAGCAGUCUUCCAUGUUAGUGUAGACAACAGGCUUUACACAAAUGUUUUCCGCGCCUGAUAAUUCUCUUCAAAUCAAGGGUUGCCUUUGUCAAGCAGGGGGCAAGUAUGGAAUUAACAUUAUCAGCGUGGAAUUGGGACCCCCUCCCCAACUACCUCUGUUUUGCUUUUAUUUUGAAUCCACAGACUUGACAAGGAUAUGCUUGGGAAACAGGAGACGGCAGCAGCCCAACAGUGAGAGACCCUAUCCUUGUGCUUCAUGGAAAGAUGCAACAGACUGAAGAAUGUGUAGGAAGAAUGCUGCUUUAAUACAUUGGUCAGCCGUUGCCUUUAGAUAUUAUUGUUCUAGAAUAAGAGCCUUUCUUUUAAUAUUGUGGGAGCCUGUGAUGUCAUUGCAACGGUCACUGUUGUAUUUGUAUGCCAAACACUUACUGUACAGGAAGGUCUACAAGCAUUUUGUACCUUUUACCUAUCAUGCCAAACUUUGAGAGUGAGAGUGAGUGAGUGAGAGAGAGAGAGAGAGAGAGAGAGAGAGAGAGAGAGAGAGAGAGAGAGAGAGAGAGAGAGAGAACAAAUUUUGAAUGAUGCAUGUUCUUCCGUACAUUUAAAAAUAUAUAUUUAUAUUCAUAAGUGGAAAAGGAUAGAGAUUAAUAUAUUUUUUAUGGUGGAUAUGAUUUUGAGCAAUAUUUUAUAGGUCUGUGAACCUGCAGCAUGUGUAUUAUAAAAGCCUAAGGCAGAGACUUUCUGUGCUCUUUGACUGCUAAUGGUCUGCAUGAAAAGGCUCACAUGUGUUUAUUGUACAUGCAGUAAAAAAAAAAAGCCAUUAUGGAAACCUGGUAAUAGUUAGAUGCUGUACUAGGAAGAAUGUAGAUGUAAUGAGGAAAGAAUUGUUUUUCACUUGGGAAUGUAACUUGUGUAGUCUGUUACUGACUUGUCAAAUGUGUUUAAAAAGUAUCAUAUUGUACAUUUACUGUUUGCAAGUAAACUGCCUAUUGCAAAAAAAAAAAAAAAAAAAAAAAAAAAACAUUACAGUACAUGUUUUAUAUUAAAUUCACAGAAUCACAGUUUGACUUAGCUGUAACUCUCUGCAGUAACUUUGCAAAAAGAUAACCCUUUUCUACAGGAUAAUUUAUUCAUUCAUUUCAGUGUCUUACCCAGAAAGAAGUCUUUCAAAAACGUUAUAGGGCCAUACCAAAGACCUAAUUAAAUAGUCUGUUGUGCUGCAUCUCCUAGACCUAUAUAGAGGUCUGCAGUGUUGAAAGAGUUAAAUUAGCCCACUACAUGUUAUAUAUGUAUGUAUUUGUGUGUAUGAAUGAAUAUGUGUAUCUAAAUAUAUUUAUGUAUAUACAGGACUAGUGUAUGUUUGUAAUAAAAGAGGUAUUGAUUGAGGCUUGUAGCGUGUGAUAGGACUCUACCUGCUGCUUAGUAAACCCUUUUGGUGCUGGAAUGCAAGAUUAAAGAAAACAUUGCUCUACUAGAAGGUGCCAGAUAGCCAUGAUUCCAUUCAGUUAAUCCCAGCUGAGCCAGAAUGUUGCUACAAACCUCAAGGGAAAAGUUCCUUCAUCUAUAAAAAGUUACAACUCAUUUCCUGAGCUUAUGUAGUUCCAGUACUGUGCAAGUUAUGCAUUUCUGAUGUCUGAAGUUUUAAUUAGGUAAUGAUUAGACCUCUGCAGCACAGCUGUCUAACCAGCGAGCUCAAGAUGUAUAUGGACAGCUCCUGCUUAGUCAGGAAUGGUUAAUUUUAGCUGUAUUUCUUUCAGGAGGAAUAUAUUGUAUUUGGUCAUUGUACUGUCUAAAACAAUGUCUGAGUGUGUUUAUCAAUUGAAGAUUGUGUUUUAAAGAUGUAGAAGCUCUGAAAAUAUGUAUGGUCAAAUCUAUUAUCUGCCCUUUUCUGGUUUCAGCAACAUUUCUCUGUUCCUUUUAUGAUUAUACAGAUCAACUUCUUAUCACAAAUAACUUUUUCUCACCUGCAGGUCUGCCUUCGGCUCUGUGUUGGUAAUAUCCCUUAACAUGCCAAGCACUGAUAGCGAAUAACACUCAAUGAGCUUAAUGAAACUGAGGAACAGGGAAUGACAGUAAAACAUUUCUUUUGUAAGGAAUACUGUGCCCAAUGUAGAGAGCCUUUGGGGACUGGAACACCUACGAACCAAUACAGGACUGCUCUCUUAUACCUUCAUAGUUAUGUAAUAGUUAGAGACUUGAUGGAAACCUAUUGAGAAGUUGAUUGAAUCCUGAUUGAACUGCACUUUCUUUGUGUAAGCAAUAGGUUUUGUAUUUUAGGAAAUUAAAACAUCUUCAGUUUACUGUACAGUUUGACAGUAUCGCGUAGAACCUCUAAGUUCUUACUGCUACUGUAAAUCAUUAUAUUAAAAGAAGAUGGCCUGUCUUUCCAAGACUUUAAUAAUUUCAUUUUGAAAGGGUUGUUUCAGUUAAAGCCGAGUGCAGUGUCACAGGAAAUUGACACGAAUGUGCCAUGAAAUCACAGAAAGCAAUAAGAGAAACCCACAACAGUGUGCUCUCAUUUUAAUUCAGUUUUCUGCCUCUUUAUAAACUACUUGAUAGUUGAUAUGCAGGACUGCUAUAAUGGUGCAUGGUAGCUGUUUGACAUGGCUCUUAUUUGCUGAAGUGGUUACCAACUGGCAGAAUUCGUGGGGGAAAAGCACAAUAGAUUUGAAACCAAAAAUGUAAGAAACUGGAACAUUAACACGCAAAUAGUUAUGUUAGAGUGAUACACCUCCUUAAGUUAUACUGCAUGUGCCCCCUGAAUUGUAGAAAGAGCUCUGUUAUUAUGGGUAAUCCCUCAUAAUACCAUAAUAAAAACAUAUUUGAACUAAACUGAAAUCAGGGGUAGUGAUGUAUUUAUUUUUUCAACCAAAGUACAGUAAGUCUCUUGGAGAUUUUGAAGCAGAAUUGAAUCUCCCUCAUUUGCUUUCAUUAAUAAACCGUUUAAGUCAGGAAUCACAUUGAAUUUUGAGAACGUCAUUAAAAUCAUUUUUAAAUAUUUGAAGAGCGGGUGAUUGUUUAUUGUAGGAUACAAAAAUAUUGUCAAACUUCCCCAAGCAACCAGCAGGGGUGGUCACAUUCUGUGUUGGUUCAGUGUACAAACCAGGUCAAUAAUUUCCCCACAAUGUAUGUGUUUGGGAAUCCGUCCACACUACAGUAGCUACAGUAACAGCUCGCCUUCCUAGUGGUUUUUAUGUUUUCAUUUGCAGGCACCCAUUGUUUUGCUUUACACAUGGAUGCGUUAUACACUAGCUAUAUAGUUGAUUGUAUCUUAUACAAUUCAAAAUAGAAAUACCACUCGAUAACAACUUUAAUAUCAUAUGAAACAACACUGUGUAAGUUACAGUAUGAUUACAAAAGUGUUGUUUUCACUGUACAUUUUGCCUUCC